AUGAAAAAAGAAGCAAUUGACUCACAUGAAACGUUUCUUUUUAACUUUGAUGAGAAUUCUCCUGAGUAUAUUAAUCGAAAUAAGGAUAAUGAGUUGAAUAAUGACAGUACAAGUUUUAAUUAUGAAAGUUUAAUAUCCAAUAGUUUUGAAACUGAUAGUGAUAGUACUAUAAAUAAAUCUCAGGAUUGUGAAAUCGAAGUAUAUCCAUUUUCAUGGGAAAAAACUGAAUUUGAAAAGGCUCAUUCAAUGAUUAAUACAAAUGAAAAUAACAAACCUACAUGGGAAGAUAUCAAUGAGGAAAAUAGUGAUAUGAAUUUAUUAUCUAUACCAGAAAUAGAGUCAAUAGAAUCAAUGGAAGGAAAUACAUACUUAAUUGAGAACACAUUUGGUCAAAGUUUAACAUCUUGUGUUCUUUUGGAUAUGAUUGAUGGACAUAUUCAAUAUUGUUCAAACAAAACAGAUAGACAACGACCUUUAGCACAAUUAGUAGGCACAUGA